GUGUCUCACAGCUUGAAUGAAUAAUGCGUCAUGACGAAAGCCGUUUAAAAAAGGCCUUUUCUCAGUCGACACAAACAGGCGCGCUAGCGUAGCAAGAUGUCAGGACAAGAGCAGCAGCUUUGCAAACUUUUUGUUGGUGGUUUGAACGUUCAUACCACCAACGAUGGACUCCGCGCUCAUUUCGAACAGUACGGAACAUUAACGGAUUGCGUGGUGGUCCAAAACGACCAACUUCAGCGGUCUCGUUGUUUCGGGUUUGUUACGUACUCCACUGCAGAGGAGGCUGAUGCUGCAAUGGCCGCUAGGCCACAUGUGGUAGACGACAAAACCGUGGAAGUGAAGAGAGCCGUGGCCCGAGAAGACGCGGGGAGACCCGAAAUUCUCGCCAAAGUUAAGAAGAUAUUUGUUGGGGGCCUGAAAGAGGAUAUUGAGGGGAGCGAUCUCGUCGAGUAUUUCUCGCAAUAUGGGCCAAUAGAGAAAUCCGAAGUCAUCACUGACAAAGACACCGGCAAGAAGCGGGGAUUUGGCUUCGUCCACUUUGAAGAUAACGACUCGGCCGACAAAGCCGUCGUGCUCAAGUUUCACAUGAUCAACGGCCAUAAGGUGGAGGUGAAAAAAGCGCUAACGAAACAAGAGAUUCAAGCGUCUGGUGGAGCCCGUGGCGGCAGGGGCAGAGGAGGAGGAGGAAGAGGCAUGGGACGAAAUCAAAAUGGCUUCGGUGGUGGAAGAGGAGGUUACGGAGGCGGAUACGGCGGGGGAUACGGUGGCAGUGAUGGCGGCUACGGCGGAAGCUAUGGAAGCGGAGGCUACGGUGGUGGCUACGGAGGCGGAUAUGGUGGUGGCUACAAUGAUCAGAUGGGAGGCUAUGGUGGAAAUGGUUAUAGUGACUUUGGCAGCGGAUACGGUCAGCAGUCGUCUGGUUACGGGCCCAUGAAGGGUGGUAGCACGUAUGGUGGCAGAGGCGGAGCAGCCCCAUACUCUCGUGGCGGCGGGUCCGGUUACGGCAGAGGCGGCUACGGUGGCUAUUAAUGGUCACGUGGGUUGGAAGAAAGACUGAAAAACCUGUUCCCUACAUUGAUCACGUUGUGCAGAAUGGCCCAUUCACCCGACCAUGCACGCGAUGGCGGACACUGUGAAAAGCAUACCUUAAAGACCUCAAUUCUUAACAGGAGUUAUCCCAGUACUUCGAAAUAGCUGUAGCAGUUUGUUUGUACAGGGAACCUGUUCAGUACCUGGGUUCGAUUGUGAUAGGACUGAAAUAACUCAUUAGGAUAUCAUCCUGCGAUCUAGGUGGCCUUGGACGCCUGACUCUACCCAUACCUACUGUGGCCAUGGAGUUUGGUUCUAUGCAAGACCCAACAACUAGCUUUUGUUUUAGUCUUUUUUGGGGGCAUGGAGUGAUUACAAUGGGAUUCGUAAUAAACCCAUACACAGACUUUUGUUUUAAAUUGCUAUUUAAUAUCUGUAGAUAUGAUGUUUUAAAUAAAACUAAAAAAUUUGCUUGAGACUUUUUAAAUAUUGAA